ACGUAUGGUGUAAAAAUAGCGAGGAGAGGGAAGCCUGCUCGCCACAGAGCAGAGAUAUACAGCACAGACAAAGUGUAAGCUCAUAAAAGUUAACCACAGAAGACGGCCAAAAAGACAGGCAGGCAGAGAGAUAGACAGGUACCUUUGUCGCUACUGUAAAGAUUAGAGACAGACAGACAGAGGACACAACAUAGUGUGGUUCAUCUUAACUGUUAUUGGUUGUAAAGCAGGGGAUGUAAACAGACAGACAGACAACCUGUGAGAGAGACAGAGUCAUCAGCUUGUCACAUGAGGGACUGCAGACUGAAUAUCUUUGCGAAACACAAUGUUGUCAAAAAAGGGGGAGCAGAGAACGUUCGGCAACGGGCGGCUGAGAGACCAAUGGGAGAAGAUAGCUCAGAGUGAGGCAGAGGAGUGCAAACAGGAGGCUGAACGGAAGGAGAAAAGUACCUGCAAAAUAUCUGCAUCAAAGUGGAAUUAUCACUGGACACUUGUUGCCACCGGAGACUUCAAGAAGGUCACCAGCGGCACAAAUGAUGCUGAAAAAAACAAGCCCAAAAUCAAAUUCAAAAUUGUCCCCCCUCCUCCCAAAGCCAAAGCUGAGCCUCCUCCUCCACCUCCUCCCAAGAAGCAGGCUUCGCCCAAACUUCGCAGAGAAAAGCGCAAAGUUGAGGUGGAUGUUUUCCGGCUGUGUUGGAAAGACUCCUGGAUGAGCUUGAAGCCUCCAAAGUAUCUUUACCUAAAGCCCAAAGCGAUGAAAAGCAGAAUAUCAGGAUUCACAACCAUAGAACUGAAUAACAACAGGAAGUACAAACCAAUAGGCUACCGAUCAGAGGCUGAAUGGGAAUGUCUUGAUAAAUGGAGUCACUCCUGGAAACAGGUGAAGAGUCCUGUCCAGUUGGAGUGCUCCGAUGAGAAACAAUUCCAAUGGGAGAUUUUGUUUGAAAGAAAAAAGGAUCACAAGGUUGAGCUUGAACUAUAUUCUCUUCCGCCCUGGGCUGGUACUUGGAAGUUCAUAAACUUUCCCUUCAGGCAACAGAAGAAGGACUGGGAUACCAUCUGGCCUGAUUAUCAACCAAACAUCAGCAGGAUUGACGAAAUACAACAACUAAAGAACCAGGACGAGCUCUGGGGCUGGGAGGAUUCAUGGAAACUGUCUGGGGCAGAGUUUGAACCAGAAGACACCACAAACGAUGAGUUGCUAACUGCAAGCUCCUUCAGCACGGAAACCACAGUGAUGAUGAGGAUAAACAAUGUGUUCAUGCCUGGGUGGAGUGACUCAUGGCUGCUCUGUGCAGCUCCUCUGGAGGAAGAAGAAGAAUUUCACAAGAGCUGGAGCUGGGGAUACAGGCAACAUACUAGGUGGUGUAUGGCUUCACUGGAGGCCCAUCGUCGAUACAGCAACAUGCUGACUAGGAGACGUAAAACCAUGAACCUCCUCCUCACUUCACAGCUGGAUAAUGAGAUCACAGAUAGCACAGAAUGGACAGAGGCCUGGAAGACUCCUAAACGAUGGUUUAGACCAGAGGAGUUUAAACUGGACCUGACACAGGACGAGGGUGAAGUAGAGGAGAUGAUGGAUGACACAGAGGAGGAGGAGGAUGAAGGAAUGGACAAUGAAGAAGAUGAAGGAGAAGGGGAGGAGGAGGAGGAAGAGGAGGAGGAGGAGGAGGAGGAGGAAGUUGUUAACAAAAAUGAGAAAAACAACGAAAUUACCAAUAAGCACAAAGAGGUUCAAAAAGACGAGGAGGAUGAGGAUGAAGGAGUUGAUGAGGAGGAGGAGGAGGAGGAGGAGGAGGAGGAGGAAGAGGAUGAAGAGGUCAACAAUGAGGAGGACAAAGAAGUACCUGUGGUGGAUGACAAGGCAGUAAACAAGAAGGAAGAGGUGCACAAAGAUGUGGAUAGGGGGGAGGAAAAUGAUGAAGAAGAAGAUGAUAAUGAUGAUGAUGAGGAGGAGGAGGAGGAAGAGGAGGAGGAGGAUGUGGUCAAAGAAAAGGAAGAGAAAGAAAAGGGGGAAGAAGAAACAGGCGAUAAGGAAGACAAAGUAGAAAAGGAGGUGAAAAUUGAAGCAGAUGGAGAGAAUGAGGAUGAAGAGGUAGAAGAAGAGGAAGAGGAUGACAUAGAGGAGAAGGAGGAAGAUGUAAAGGAAAAGGAUGAGGACAUUGAAGUGCAUAAAGAGGAGAAUGUAGGCAAGGAGGAGAAGAACAAACAUGAGGAACAUAACAAAGAGGAAGAGGACAAAAUCAUAAACCAGAGUAGUGAGGAGGAUGAAGAUGAAGAGGAGGACAAAGAAUCACACAAGGGUGAGAAAGAUGAAGAAGACAUGGAAGAUGAGGAAAAUGAAGUAGAUGAGGAGACAAAGACAAAAGCAAUAGACAAGAUGGAUGAAGGAGAUGAGGAGGAGGAGGACAAAGAAGUUCAGGAAGAAGAAGAGGAAGAUGACCAGGAAGAGGAGAAUGAAGUACAUGAGGAGGACAUAUUAGCAAAUAAAAAAGACCAGAAGGAAAAGAAGAAAAGAGACAAAGACAAGAAUGAGGACAAAAAAGAGGAGAAGGAGAAUGACAAAUUCCAUAAACUCAACUCAUCCUUCUCCUCCUGGAAGCAGUCAUGGAUGGUGGCAGUAGCUUAUAGACCAGGAGAUGAAAAUGAAGACGAAGAUGAGGUGGUGGAGGGAGAAGAGUGGAAAGCUUGGAAAGAGUCUUGGAAGAUUUGUCACUGGAAGAAGCCGGCCAAGGACGACGUAGUGUGUUUCUCCACUGAGCACUGGAAUCAGAGAUACAUGGGACUAAUGCAUGAAGAAGAAGGCAUGCCAAAGAGUGAAUGGACUCUCAGCUGGAAGAUGAACAACGCUGCAGCAAAGGAUUGGUUGGAGCUGCCUAACAUCGCCUGGUGA